UCAGCUUCCUGGGAGCAUGCCCAAGCUCUGACCUCUUGGCUCACCACUAGGUAGCAGACCCAGAAGCCCCCCUGAAGCAUGAUCUCCAUCACUGAGUGGCAAAAGAUUGGUGUGGGCAUCACCGGCUUUGGCGUCUUCUUCAUCCUCUUUGGGAUACUCCUGUACUUUGACUCGGUGCUCCUGGCUUUUGGAAAUCUGCUGUUCCUGACUGGUCUCUCCUUCAUCAUCGGCCUGAAGAGGACAUUUUCCUUCUUCUUCCAGAGGCAUAAGCUCAAAGGAACCAGCUUCUUCUUAGGGGGUGUGGCCAUCGUACUCCUGCGCUGGCCGCUGUUGGGUAUGCUCCUGGAGGCCUAUGGAUUCAUCAGCCUUUUCAAGGGCUUUUUCCCUAUGGCCUUUGGCUUCCUGGGAACUGCAGCUAACAUCCCCUUCCUGAGCAUGCUGUCCCAGAGGCUUCAAGGCACCAGCUCAAUGGUCUGAACUGCCAAGAUGAGUUGCUUGAACUUGGAUUGUUGUUGGAGAAGAUGGAACGGGAAUUGGUGCCACCUUCAUGCAACAACUCCCCUCACCCCACCCCCACCCCAGCACUGACUUCACUUUCCAUUACACUUGGGCCUCUCCAAGGAUAGAGGGAGCUGAGUGACUGACCUCAAGCCCUCAAGUCUUCGGAAGAGGUGGCCAGGAGCAAAGAUCCUGGCCCUGAGAUCUGACUGGGGCUGGCAGCAACAUUCCCAACCUAGAUUUAUGCGAGCAAGUGAAGAUUAAACUCCCAAGUUGUGUGUCUGAAA